AUGCACGUCGAGAAGAAUUUUAGUGAAAAUACCUUUGGAACUGUGUUAGGCAUUGAUGGAAAGAACAAAGACACCGACAAAGCACGGAUGGACUUGGAAAAUAUGGGUAUAAGGAAAGAGUUGUGGUUAACACGUCAUCCUGAUGGAACUUAUGUCAAACCUAGGGCAAUCUUUUCAUUGACCCCUGAAGAGAGGGAGGGUUUCUUUGAAUUCUUGAAAUCAGUGAAGUAUCCGGAUGGCUAUGCUGCAAACAUAUCAAGAUCAGUGAAUGCGAGAAAUGGUAAAUUAACAGGCUUGAAAAGUCAUGACUGCCAUGUACUCAUACAACGGAUUCUUCCAAUUGGGAUGCGUGGUUACGUAGACAAAGAGAUUAGUAAAACACUAUUUGAGUUAGGUAGCUUUUUCCAAGAUUUGUGCUCAAGGACACUGCGCCGUAAUGAACUUGAGAAAUUAGAGGAACGUAUAGUACACAUAUUAUGCAAGCUUGAAAAGAUCUUUCCUCCAGCCUUCUUUGAUGUGAUGGUUCACUUGGCCGUUCGCUUGCCGCGUGAGGCUAUUCUUGGAGGACCGGUGCAAUAUCGAUGGAUGUACCGGAUUGAAAGUUUGUUACAAACCGAGCUCGACAUUGUCUCUGAUGCUGCUGAAGCUCAGAAGGAGGAGGAUGUUGAGUCUCAAAACCUAGCCAGCAAAGAGUCUGAGUGCUUUAACCCAGAACUAAAUGAUGGUCAAGAUAUCUAUUUGGAGCUUGCCACCAAAGAGCUGUCUGAUGAGAAAGCCCCUUGUGAUGAUGCAGAAACGGACUUAGAAGCACAUGGAGUUCAAGAUCUCGAAUCAAGCCUCAUUGGUGAAGACAAGGUCUUAGGUGAUGAUGCAAAAGUUGAGUGUGAUUACCCUGAACAGUCAAUUGUAUCCAAGCAGUUGGAGAAUGAAGAACCUGAUCAACUUGAUAUUGAGUCAAGUAAUGAAGAUGAGUUGGAUUCUGACAAGUCUUCCAUUAUAGUAUCGGCAGUACUGGUAGCAAUUGAUGCACAAAUCAAUUUUGAUCACCCUGAACAUUCAACUGAUUCCAAGCAAUUGGAGAAUGAACACCAUCCAACUCCCGAGACUGUCGACUGUGGAGAAGAACCUGAUCAACUAUUUAUUGAGCCAAGUAAAGAAGAUGAGUCGGAUUCUGAGGAGUCGGAUUCUGAGAAGUCUGCCACCAUAGAAUCUGCAGUACAGGUUGCAAUUGAUCCUUCUGUUGAAGAAAACAUGAUGUUUUCAGCAAACCCAAUUAGUUCUCACCCUGUGAUUUCUGAAAACAAUACCAUUGAGCAAUUAGCAGGCCAAGAGAGCAUCGAUUUUGUCAAUCUGGUGGCUUCCGCAGACCCAAGUACACUUUCUUGUCCCACUUCGCUAACACCAAUGAAGAAAUCUUCAACUAAGACACCAACCACAAACCGAAAGAUCAAUAGUCUUUUGGAUGAUGACAAGGACAAAGAGAACAUUGACAAGAGUGGCAACAAGUUGGAUCUUACAAAAGAGAAGCCGAAGAAAGACAAGAAGGAAUUAAUCAACGAAAAAAGUCUAAGGCAGCUAAGGAAGAUUUUCAAGGAAAAGUUGCGGAUUAAUGAAGAGAAGAACGUUGCUAAGGCAGGAAGGGUAAGACCAGCUUUGCAGACACUGUCCGAGAAUCGUUUGGCAGCAACUGAAACUGAAGACAAAAACUGAGUGCUUACAUUGAUGGGGUGGGUUGUGCUUUGAUUGGGGGUUCAAAACCUUGGUUUGCCUUCAUUUUUUUUUUCUUCGCAGAGAGAAUAUCACAAUUUUGUGUUUUUUGUUUCUUUUUUUAAGUACUGAAAUGAAAUAAUGGUGACUCAGCCAAAUUUUUGCUGAUGAUGGGAUUAAUUGAGAGAUUUAUCAUGUUUUGUUCA